AUGUCUACCGCCAGUGUAGUUGACGCAACUGGAGCUGCCGCUCCAGUUGCUGGAGAAGAAACUGAUUUGAAAGUCACUUUUACCGAUGAAGUUAACGAUUUAACGGGGGUUGCGUCUUUGGAGCAGAGGUCAUUGAACUCAAAGUCCUUUCUUUACUCUGAGGUCACUAAAUCACAUUUGGGAGAGAAUGCAGAGUUGGUUAUAAGAGUUUUGGUUUCGAAAGGGAGGUUGACGAUUCAUGAAAUACACAGGUAUAUCAGCGGUGUACUUGAAAAUGGAAUGAACAAGUUUGCAGGUAUUAACAAAGGAAAGAUCAAGAAGAUUCUGAUCUCAUUGGUGCAAUUGAGAUGUGUUAGCUUCUUCGUUGAAAAUUCUUUGAAUAAGAAGGCUAGCACGUACUAUUCCGUCAAUUACGACGGUCUGGACAUUUUACUUUACAAUGGGUUGAUCCUUGAAGAGGUUUCAAACAGAUUUAACUCGGAUUUGGCAACAAGAGUUGUCCAAAACAUAUUAUCCGUGGGUUCGUUGACCAUCGAGGAGUAUUUACACAGUGGAGAUUUUAAAUCGGAAGGUAUUGAAUUCAACGUCAAGCAAGCUUUCUUACAACUGUUCGAACAGGGGUUUUUGGUUCCAAUGUCUAUGGUAUUGCAUACACCAAUUAAUGAUCUUUGGAAUAAAAUAUAUGCUGAGGAAUAUAAAAAAAUCCCAAGAACAUCAACUUUAUCAGAGUUAAAGAAAAAAACUGAGGCCAAGGAAAAAGCAAAAGUGAAAUUUUUGUUCUAUUUUGAUGAUUUAAAUAACAUCUCAAAAAACACAAUGAUAGACCCUCAAACCUCAAUGAAAAUUUUAAAGCAAAAUAUACCACUAACGAUUAAUUUUGAUAGAUUUUUGAAAACUAGAAGAACUAAACAAUUGGUUCAUUUUGCUAGAUCAAGAGUAGGCGACAUCCCUGCAUUUAUUUAUAAAUUAGCGUUACAGUCAACUGAAAGGAACUCUUUACCUGUAACAAAUCCAUUCGUGAAAACGGGUUUAUUGCAAGAUUUAGAUGAUGCGAAUAUUAUUAGAGAAGAGGAUAGAGUUAAUGAAGAAUCAAAAAAAGUUACUUUUACUGCAGCUGACAUAACAAGAUGCUUGCCACAUGGCUUAGAUUUGAAAGGAUCUUUAACAUCGAAAGUAAAAUCGAACAAACGUAUGAACAAUGAAUCAGAAAAUAACGUACCAAAGAAAUUAAAGACCGAAGAUGGAUUUGUCAUUCCAUCCACUCCAUCUGUAUUAUCUCUUUCAGAAAAAUCAAAUGAAUCUAUUGAUACUCAUACUCAAGGUGAAGAAAGUACAAUAUUGGAUGAUGUAGAUAUUGAUGUUAACUUUGACGAACAGGCUGAUCCUAUUACUUUGGUCAAUGGCCAUUUGAAAUUAUUAUCACAAUCAAAUAUUCCAUUUUUAAGAGAGGCAAAACCAGGUGUUUUUUUCGUACCAUUUACAGAACUUCUCCCUGUGUUGCGUUCUAGUACAUAUGAUAAUAUUAUUACAUCUACUUUGGGUCCAUCUUCAACUCGUGUUCGUCGUUGUGUAAUUGCUAAUAGAUUAACGUCUGAGAAAGUUAUUAAUUCAACAGCAUUGAUGAAAGAGAAAGAUAUCAGAUCAACUAUUGCAUCUGUAUUGAAAUAUAACGUCUUAGAGAUUCAAGAAGUUCCAAGGACAGCAGAUAGAGGUGCGUCAAGAGCUGUUUUCUUAUUUAGAUCAAAGGAAAGACAUUCUUACGAUUUCAUGAGAGAGAAUAUUUCAUGGAAUAUGGCCAAUUUGAUGUAUAAAGAGGAUAAAUUGAAAGCUGAUAAUAUUACAUUGUUAACAAAGGCUAAUAGAGAUGAUGUUAAGGGGAAAGAAGGAGAAUUAUUAUUACCUAGUGAAAUGAGUCAAUUAAAAAUGGUUAAUGAACGUGAGCUAAAUAUCAAAACAAGAAUUUGUAGAUUAUUAUCACUGUGGGAAGUAUACAAAUUUUAA